AUGGAUGUCCGAGAAAAGACGCCAGGAUUCACGACGGAGCCAAUGGGCAACAAACCACCUUCAGAUGAUGUUUCUGAGGAGAAUGUGCCACAUCAUCGCGGGCACGGUGAGAGUCACCUCCAGACAAUCGGCGGAGGAUCUGGUCAUCGAUCAUAUGGUCCAACAGACAAGUUGGAUCGUUACUUGAGCUCGAAACCCAUCAUCAGCUUCGGUCUCACUCUUCAGGCAUCAUGGGAAGCCCUGGCAAUAUCCUUCCAAUCUGCUCUGCUCAAUGGCGGACCCUCAACUCUAGUCUACGGCAGCAUACUCAGCGCUUUCGGUUCGACAGCCAUGGCUGCCACUCUGGGCGAGCUAGCAAGUAUGAAGCCAUGCGUGGGUGCACAAUACCGCUGGACUGCUCUCCUUGCACCACGAGGCACGAAUCCACGUUUCUGGGGGUAUCUACAAGGCUGGUUGACCACCUUCGCCUGGAAUGCUGCUUGUGCACUCAACCCUUUCCUCAUGGCAUCGAUUAUCCAAGGCUGCAUCAUCCUCUGCAGCGAAAGCUACGUCCCGGCAGGAUGGCACACGACUCUCCUCGCCUACGCAUCAAUGGCCGUACCCAUCUUCUGCAACAUCUACGCCCGACAUAUCAUCGCACCCAUCGAAAUCGCAUCGGCUAUACUACACGUUCUACUUCUGAUCGUCUUCGUAGUCGUGCUUACCUGUAUGGCACGGCGCAGUACCUCGGACUUCGUCUUCCAGACAUCCUUCUUCGGCAUCAGCGGCUGGCCCAGCGGGACAGAGGGCAUACAAUGGAGUGUCGGCCUGCUCACGGUCAUCUUCCCAAUCGGCGGCUACGAUGCGAUUCUGCACAUGGCAGACGAGGUCAGAGAGCCUAAGCGAAGGGUGCCGCAGGCUAUGGUGGGGUCUACCUCCCUCAGUGCAUUGGUCAUGUUUGUCUUCGUGAUCGUGCUGCUUUUCUGCAUCGGCGAUGUGGACAAAGUGUCGAGUACUACGACCGGCUUGCCUAUCAUCGAGACCUUGUACGAAGCCACGGGUAGCAAAGCGGGAACGGUAUUCAUGGUGAUGUGCAUCUAUUUCAUCAUUGGUGCCUCACAAUUCAACAUUCUAGCUUCCGUCUCACGAUUGGCAUGGGCAUUCGCCAAAGACGGCGGUCUUCCUUUCAGCGCGCAGCUCUCCAAAGUCAGCCCAACCCUCCGCAUUCCGGUGAACGCAGUCAUCAUGACCUCUUCGGUUUGCUUGCUCAUCAACCUCAUACCGAUCGGCAGCACCACAGCGUUCUACGCUCUCACCUCACUAAGCACGCUAGCUCUUUACUUCUCCUACUGCGUCCCAGCGACUUUAAUCCUGCUCCGCAAACUCGAGAACAAUUUCCCGGCCUACGGACCCUGGAAGAUCGCUGGGCCUUAUUGGUGGGGUCUGAUGGUAAACAUCUUUGCCUUUGCUUGGGGGUGGUAUUGUGUCUUUUGCUUGUGCAUGCCGACCUUCAUGCCUGCGACAGCGGCGACACUGAACUGGGCAGGGCCGAUCUUGGCGGCUGUCAUUGUUAUUGCGAUUACGCAGUGGUUCAUAAGUGGGCGGAGAAAUUUUGUGCUACCAAAGGAUGAGGUGGACGAUGAGUAG